UUGGUUGCGACCGUUAAAUACAAACAGGAGUUGUCUUCUCGUGUCACUGUUGUGACCAAAGAGGAAGGCGUGUCACUAAUCAGUUGCCAAGACGUUCACAAUUCUGUCUUCUCCGCUAAUAUGAAAGUAUCAGUACAACCGGUGGUUGACAUUGAAAUACUUCCGGUUGUAUUGGAGACACACAUCGGCGGAACUGUUAUUCUUCCGAUUGCUGUCUAUGGCUACGAAUCGGAUUCAUCGAAGACUAAGCGUGUGUUUGACGACUGUUCACAAAUACCGUUUGACGUUGAGAUCGUUGAAAAGACUCGCGUUAAAUACGAUCCGAAAAAUAUUAUGGCUGGAGUCGGGCAGCGCUCGUGUCGUAGUCUGGCGUUUGAGUGCAUUUCCACUGGAAAUACAAGAGUUUGGAUAAGAUAUGGAAAGGAAAAGUUGAGC